AAAAAAUGAUUUCGUCGUGAAUUUGUAUAUUAAAAUAAUUAGCUAAGCGGUUGGUUUUCGUACUAUCUGUGAGCAAUAGAACACUAUCCUCGAAUGUCAUUUAUAACGACUACCUAUUCGUGAUUAUCAAAUUGUUAUCAAUAGUAAAGAGAUCCGGGUGAUAAGUAAAAUUACAUCAAUGCAAUAGUUUAUUUAAAUUUGCUCACUACAUGUUCGGCAAACGAUUUUGUCUUCGGAACGUUUCGUGUAAUUGUGAUAUUAGUCAUAGAACGUUUACCAAUUAAAUUAGCUAAGCACAAUUGUUUGUAAGAUAUUUUGCUCAAUUAACGCUGCCAGUCGGUCGGUUAUCAAUAAGGUCAGUCCUGUUGAUUACGCCUGCAACUUGUUUGUUUCGCACUCAAAAUAAUCCACGCCACCUUAAUUGUGUAGCAAUGUCUGAGAACACGAGAAGUUCAGCGUUCAGAAAGAUUGACGUUGAUCAGUUCAAUGAGAACUUCAAAGAUGACGAACAAUCGGAGUGCCCGUCAGUGGCUACCAUUCCAGAUGAAUCAGAGAUUACAACAAUGAUCAAUCAAGGUCGUCUUGCUGAAGCUUUAAAGUCUGCUUUGAAAAAUGCACCACUAGGGUCAAAAAAUCAACAAUUGAGGGAUAAUGCGUUAGACGUUGUUAUGAAAGUUCUGCUGGCCACCAAAUUAUCUCAAAUAGAUGAUAUUAUUACUCAAUUGGAUGUUGACAUGGUAGAUAUACUUAUGAAGUAUAUUUAUAAAGGAUUUGAAAAGUCAAAUGAAAAAAAAAGCAGUCAUCUUCUCAUGUGGCAUGAAAAAGCAUAUGUACGCGGAGGAGCUGGUAGUAUUAUCAGAGUGCUUACUGAUCGUAAAAGAGUAUAAUAUAACUAAUAAUUUAUUAUUAUAAUUAUUAUUAUUAAUAAUAUUUUUAUAAAGAAUUGUAAGUCACAUUAGUUAUAUUGUAAGCUAUUAUAUUUCAUGAUGCAUGUAAUUUUACUAUUAUAAUUUAUUAAACACAUA